ACAUCGUGACGCCAUGUCUCUGCCAAACCCCGAAAGCUCUGCGCGCUUGUUACAACGUGUGUUGACCUUAUCAUUGGAAGCGACGUGAGUUGAUAGUUGGCAUGGCAAGCACAGCCUGACGCAUCAUCAUUCGUCCUCCCUUCUGACCACUCGGCUCCGGCAUCAACGGCGAGAUGGCACCCGUUCUGGCCUUCCGGCGCAUCGCGAGCCGCGCCGUCCAAACGCCUCCGGUACGAUUCGCCCUUCCACGGCCAGCUCUCCCCGCUAUACACGCACCGCUUCGUCACAAUGGACGGCACGCUUCAUCCAGACUGUAUUCAUCAGAGGCCGAAGACUCACCUCAACCCCCCGAGUUCUUGACAGAAGGAGAACGGCGAGUGUUUGACAGAAUCAUGGAGGGGCUGGCACCUACGAAAUUAGAGGUGCAAGACAUUUCCGGUGGCUGCGGCUCCAUGUAUGCCCUCGACAUCGUCUCCGAUCAAUUCAAAGGCCUACCGAUCAUCAAACAACAUCGCUUGGUGAACAAGGUGCUGGGAGACGAGAUGAAGACUUGGCAUGGUGUACAGAUGAAGACCAAGGCGCCAUGAUGGAAGAUUGUCCGGAGUGGAACAAGAUCAUGGAGGCACACUGAGGAAACGGCUUGUGGCGGCGAAACGAAGGCUGUGCGCGUGACCAGAACUCGGCUCAGACAAAGGCCGGUACAUAUAUGGCACACAGGACUGGAGAAGAUAUCUGUAGCUGCAAAUGGCUAUGGUUGGUCUGCCAGACCACCGCCAGCCAUGCCAGGGGGUUUACAGUCCGCCCAUUUCAGCUUCUAUUGAAGGCGGAGGCGAACGGAAAUGCAAGCGGGCGGGGCACGACGCACAUGUAGCAUGGCUACAUCGAUCAAGCGCACCGAUCACACGUACAAUACGAUUGUCAAAACCAUAUGGACCAUCGGCACGCUUACUGUACUCGCAUUGAUAGAUUUUGCAACGGUGGUAUAGACACGACUUCUGUCACUGAAUGUGGCCUCUUUCCCAAUUGAGCGAUUCG